AUGGAGACGAAACUCUCCAACAGAAAUGUCUGGAAGAGUUUAGGUGCGGAUAGAGCUCCACACAGAUGUCACAUUAAAACAGGAUUCUUUUUGCUACUUACAUUAGUGUUCUUAUUGACUGCCAUUGCUUAUGUCUCUGGAUUCCCUCUCGAGACUGCUGUGCUCCCUGACACCUUGUAUAAAAAAGUGCUAAAUCAGAUACGCUCAUAUUAUGUGGUGACUGAGUACCCGCCUGCCAGUGAAAAUCAAACAAUAUUUUUAAAACCCAAAAGUGUCCAGCAGAGUCCUACACAAACCACAGACAUUUCAGUGCAUCAUCAUGUGGCUCAUCCAAGCAACUAUCAUUUUACUCUGGACGAACCUGAUAAAUGUAGUCAGUGGGAUCCGUUCCUGGUCUUGAUGGUCCCUGUGGCCCCCCAUCAGCGGGAGGCUCGUAACGCCAUCCGGAGCACAUGGGGGAAUGAGAGCUCAGUGCAGGGAAAAGCAGUGCUGACUCUGUUCUUGGUGGGUUUGACUGGAGGAGCUGAAGCUCAACAGCAGCUGGAGGAAGAGAGUCGACAACACAGAGAUUUACUGCAGAGCAACUUUGUGGACUCCUACUUCAAUCUGACCAUAAAGACGAUGGUGAUCAUGGACUGGUUGGCCACUCGUUGCCCCCAAGCGACUUUUAGUAUGAAGGUUGAUUCUGACAUGUACAUAAAUGUGGAGAAUUUGAUGACCUUACUAUUGUCACCCAACACACCCAGACAGAACUACAUCACAGGUUAUUUGAUGAGGAACCGGUCUGUUAUUAGAAAUAAAAAAUCUAAGUGGUACGUCUCUCAGGAGCUGUACCCCGAACCAAAAUACCCCACGUACCUGCUUGGAAUGGGAUAUGUUUUCUCCAACGACCUGUCAGAAAAAAUAGUUGAGGCUUCCAAGGAAGUAAAGUCCUUUAACAUAGAAGACGCAUAUGUGGGCGCUUGUCUGAAACAGUUGGGCGUUGCACCCUCAUCUCCCCCAGAUUCUUCACAAUUUAGAGCCUAUCUGGGACAAUAUAAUCGAGAGAAUUUUCUCAGAGUUAUUACGACAAUCCUGAGAUCCCCACAGCAGCUAAUAGACAUUUGGAAGGAUGUAAAACAAAUCAAAUUGGAAUAG